AUGGACGGGGGCGCCUUCGGAGCGGGGAAAGCCGGCGGCGCCUUCGACCCGCAGGCCUUCAUUCGGCAGCCGCAGACCAUCCUGCGGUUCGUCUCCUGGGUGUUCUCUAUCGUGGUGUUCGGCUCCAUUGUCAAUGAAGGGUACGUGAACCGUAUGGAUGAGGUAGAAGAGCACUGCAUUUUCAACCGCAAUCACAAUGCCUGCAACUAUGGCAUUACCGUGGGUGUCCUCGCCUUCCUCAGCUGCCUUCUUUACCUGGCUCUGGAUGCCUACUUCCCGCAGAUCAGCAGCGUCAAGGACCGCAAGAAGGCAGUGCUCUCGGACAUCGGAGUCUCGGCCUUUUGGGCAUUCCUCUGGUUCGUUGGCUUCUGCUUUCUGACCAACCAGUGGCAAGCUUCGAAACCAGAGGACAACCCACUGAAUGAGGGAGGGGAUGCAGCCCGAGCAGCCAUCGCAUUCUCAUUCUUCUCCAUCUUUACCUGGGUGGGCCAGGCAUUCCUGGCGUAUCAGCGUUUCCAGCUGGGUGCCGAUUCGGCCCUCUUCUCCCAGGACUACAUGGACCCAAGCCAGGACUCCAGCAUGCCUUAUGCUCCCUACACGAACGAGGAGGAUGCUACAGAUGCGGUGGGGACAUACCAGCAGCCCCCUCCAGCAGAUGCUUUCGACACUGAGACACAGGGGUACCAAACGCAGAACUACUGAGCCACUGAUGCCCCUUUCCCUUCCCCUUUCCCUUCUGCCCCCGUUCCCACUGCCGGCAGAAAGCCGAGGCACAAACAAGACACGUGCAUAGUGGUACAAGAGGUGGCUCUCAGCUAUGCUCCAGCCUUCUGGGUCAUCUGUUUUUAUUUAUUGUUUUUUAAAAAGCAAAAAAAAAAAAAAAAAGAAAAAAAAAAAGAAAAAGGUUUCCCCAUCACCUUUUCCUUCUCCUCUCCCACCAAGCUACCUGCCAGAACCAAAUCUUUCAGAAAAUUGCAUUUUGAUAGGAAGGUUCCCACUUUCCUCCUCUCC